UCCUUCUGCAUAAUCGAGACAUCUUCACGAGCGGCGUAGAUCAGGGACGUGCUGUACUUACUGAUGCUAUAUACCUCUCCAGCAAUCACUGCAGUAUCCGAAGCAUCUUGACAGUGAUUGGACGCCGAGGAAAUCAACCACCAGGUGACUGAGCGCUGUACCGGAUCAUUGGAUGCCAGGGUCAGAGGCUGAUUAUGAGGGCUUCCUCCACCUACUGUACCCAAUGUACCCCAACUCCAGAACGUGAGACCCAGUCCAUGAACCCUUGUAGCGCCCACCAGCCAUGACAGCUCCAGGUGACGGCGACGUCGGUCACGGAGGCCAUUUCCUCACGUGCAUGACCCUCGACAAGCACGCGGUUCACGAGCUGACCGUGUCCUGUAACUCGUCCUACCUACAAUUACUACUCCAAACCUGGCUUUCUUGGUCUCGGGAUCUCCUGAGUCUGUCACCACACGUCCUUUCGAAUCUGGAGUACAUCCAGUCCAUCGUGGAGUACAGUCGUUUCUCAUAUCGAGGCAACAGCAGAGUGACUGGGACAUGCGAACUAUUUCGUGAAACGCGUGACACUUUGCUGGAGAUAUGCAAGCGUGACCGCCGCAAAAGCGACACGAUUAUGAACAAAGCCUGGAAUGCUUUUACCUGCCCAACCACGCUAGCUCUGGCAGCCUGACCCGAUGCUAGUAACUAUACCCUCC